AUGUCUCAGCGUGUCCCAUUAUGCCUUCUCCCUUCAUGCCAUCUCAAUUCAUGUCUUCUAUGUGGAAUCGUGAUCCCAAUGAUGGACGAAACUAUGGAAUGCCCAAGGAGGGGCAGUUUUUACACAGAAGAACGGGAUCAAGCACUCAGGAAUGGUCCAUUGAAGGAAUAUUGGAAAUCCAAACCAAAACAUGUGAUAGUUCCAUCCACUGAGGUAGAAGAGUCAUACUUCAGCAAGUACCCUCAGCUAUGGUCCUACUUUUAUCGAGCCAUAAUUAAAGAGUCUGAUACCAAAUACCGUUUGACAGGCAUCAAUAGAAUGGAAAGAAUAGGACAAGACGACCGUAUCUACUCGCUAAAUGAUCCAGCAAUGGCGAGAAUCGGUGGGGAGAAAUACGCCCGCCACUACUCCCGUCAGUUUACUCCAUUCGAUGCCGCAGACAUCACAGGACAGCACCUUCCAAACGGUAAGAAAUCGAUUGGAUACGUCAUCCACGCACAUUGCUGGGUGCUCUUUGGUCGAGUCCUAGGACUGACUCCGACCGAUAUAACCCUCGCGAAAUUUGUCCAGGCAUCAUGGAAACAUUGGCACAACAAUCAAUGGGGACUACAUGACUUAAAUGCCGACUGGCCGCCGCAUCAUAUUCCAUCAGCGUUUAUUUAUGGCUGCGACAUUUAUCAGAAUCCUGUGAUCGUGCCCGCCCUUCAGAAAGCGAUCGAAUCCGCAAGGUUCAUGUGCCAGUGUUCAUGCCCUUGUCCCAGUAAGGUUCCACUGGAUGUUGCUAUUCUGAUUGCUGAAAUUGUCUGCCCCAUUGAGUAUACGAUGGAAAAUGUCAUUGACACGCAGAAUAUGGUCUUCGCAUUCCAAUGGAAGCUACCUGGUUGGUUUUGGCGGGCGCGAGUGAACGCGGAUGAAUUCAUUGAGUUUGGUGGGCUAAAGAUGUUUAAGUCUCCAGUGGAUUGGCAAAUGCUAAGUCUGGAUUUGAUGGCCCUUGUUUCAGAUUCACCGCGGUAUCCCUCCAGUGGUCUAGCGAAUCGUAAACGGGUGCUUGGGAUUAUGCUCGCUAUUAAGAGUGCUUACUUGGACUAG